AUGUUCAGUCAAGGGCAUCGGCACACGGCGUCGACGGGCAGCGGCACGAGCGUCGCAAGCAGCUCAAACCCAAGCACUGCUGCGGCGAGCCAUCCUCCUGCAGCAGGAGGCGGAGGCCCAACAGCCGCUGCAGUCGCGAGUGCUAUGCUGCUUGGUGGUAGCGCAACGCCAGCAGCGUCUACACCAACGUCGACGGGCAGCGCGGCGUCGCAUGUCAAUGGCCGCUCAACGCCCACUCCCGCCACCGCCGUGCCAGUGCCAGUGCCAGGCUCAGCGCCGACAGCCGCCUCGCAACACGGCGCGCAUAGCGCCCUCGUUGCUCAACCGUCUGCCCAUACUGCAGGCGACGACGCAGACGGAAAGCGGGAGCAAAAACUCGCGCGAAAGCUGCGGCCGUUCGACAAGGAGGAAGACGCCGUCAAGCGACUGCGAGCGCUCAAGGACUAUUGCGAGGCAGCGUCGGACGCAGAGCGCAACGCCUUCUUUGCCGGGAGACACUCGGCCGUGUUCAUGCUGAUCUGGGAUGUCUUCACCCACAUUGACGCCACAGCACGGCACAAGUUCACCAAGGAUCGCCACAUUCCGGACAACAUGCGCGAAGACAUUUGCACCAUCAUUUACAUUCUCGAGCGCCUCAUCCACGCCGUGCCAGACCUCAUCCGACGCAAGUGGAACGCGUCGGCAAUUGGUCACAUUCUGGAGCGCCUGUUGCACCACGGCAACGCACACAAGCUGCGACGCGACGGCUUCAGGCUGCUCUUGCGCUGGCUCGAAACCCUGCAGGACGAGCACUACUUUCGCGCCCUGCAGCUCUUCCGCGAUGUGAUUGUCGCACAAGCGCCAGAGGGCACGCGAAUCAUCAACCAGCACAUUACAACCACCUGGAGCAUGAGUGCCCAUGUCGGUGCUGUCGGCGCCGAGGGUGGUUUGGGACACGCGGGUGGCGGUGCCACUGCGCCAUCGUCCGCGCUGGUUCUGCCCGGCGGUUCACACGCAUCCGGCUCCACGCCGUUGCCGACCACCUUUACAGACUCUGCCAAUCAGCUUCCAGGGAUGCCGGCGCGAGCCAGCUCUGAAAAAUCCAGCAACAGCCCGGGGCCCGCGUCCGCCACCGGGACGCCUCAGACGGCCCGUGCUUCGUUGACUGGUGGUACACUCUCGCCAUCUUCCUCCAGCCUGCCCUCUCUGAGCACGCCUGUUGGCGUGCCAGUACCACGCUCGUCCGUCCAGUUUGCAUCCCUCCUCGGCGCGAGCACGCCGGCAGUGCCCGUCUCGUCCGCGGCGCACGGUGGGCCUGGCCUGAUCUGCCCUCUGCAGCCGCCGCCGCCGGGAGCGCCGACCAUGGAUUUUACCAUCGACCUGCUGAACUUGUUGUUCGAGUACCUGACGAACGACUGCCUGGCCAUGUCGCUCGACCCUCAGGGCGGCAUGACCGUGACAGACGAGAGCAUGGCUCGCUUUGACUAUCUAUUUUCGCUGCUCAAGCGCUUCCACUUGACGACCUUCUAUCCGGACGUCUGCAAGCGGAUUGGGCUGCUCUCGCCAGAUGCGACGUCAGGCUUCACUUCUCAAUGCCCACCCUACUUUCAUUCCGUCAUUGUUCAGUGGCUUGUCAAGUGGUUGUCUGGCACGUCGUCCAAGCACCGCCACAUCCGAAGUGUCCUCUACCGGACUGUCCAACACACCGAGCUUGUCCACGAGAUUCUGCGACAAAGCUUCCUCAUGCCCGUGACGCACUGCGACACCAUCCAUGCCACAAUUGGCGUCUACCGCGAGUGGAUUCGGACGGAAAAUCCGCCACGAUUUAUGCUCGAGCCGCUUCCAACCGCAGGAGCCGCCGAGUCGUCGAACAAUAGUGCUUCUUCUGGAAGCAACAGUCCUCGUGCAACUUCGUCGGUGCCCCGUCCAACAGCGGCGACUCCGGUCGCCUCUGCCACCACAGCCACGACAAAGAACGCGGAUGCCCAGCAGCAGCAGCAGCAGCAGCAGCAGCAGCAAGCCUUCCGCACUGCGUCGCAAAUGCAGCUGCUGGCAGCUCCGCCAACGGAAAUCUCCAUCGUCCACGCCGGUUCUCGGCGGGUGGCGGAGGAAAAUGCCGUUCGAUGGGGGCCCCAGGAGGCGUUGCGAAGGAUGGCCUCGAACGCGGGGCUCGUUUUCUCUGUCAAACCGUGGGCCCCUGCGCAUACAGACGAUCAGCUCUUUGUUUGCGUCGAAGUCCUCUCGCUGUAUCAUCUCAUCAUGCUGGAGCCGGUGAUCAAUCUCGAGCCCAACACUUGGGAGCACAUUCUGGGGCAACUGCUCGGCAUUGUGUACCAGGCUCUCGUGCGUCGCCGACCCGGGGAUGAGCCAUUGUACAGCAAACUUUCGCACAUUCUCCUGGAAACCCUAAUGCCGGCGUGGAUCCGCGCCAACAUGCAUCGAACAGUGUCCACUCCCCUCUGGCACAAUCUCGCCCAAGUGCUCAGCUCGGCGACGCACUGGCCCGAGACAAUCGGGGAAUGGACUCGCAUGAUUGUCCAGCAAACCAAGACGCUUGCCUUUGUCGUUUACGAUAUUGACCUGGACGAUCGACCCAUCGACAAGUUCCGCGAGAUGGCCCCCAACCGCCUCUUUGCGUCCCGCCUUCAAGCCGGCAACGCUCAAGCCGGCGGAGCUCCACAAAACCCAACCACGGGCUCCACCAAAGGCGCCCGUGUCAAGCUGAGCAAGUCGUUUCUCGAAAGCACCAAGCCUUUGCGCAAGUCGAGCUCGUCGGAAAGUCUGGUGAAACUCGGCGAGGCAUCGCCUGCGGCCGGGUCGUCGCCUGCCACGGUUCGCAAAUCGCCCGACACGUCCCGGCGAGGCUCGAACAAGCGCGUCAGCAUUUAUGCCGCGCCAGUGACGGAGCCGCCUGCUCAACUUGCACCUCGGUCUACGUCGUUCAGCUCUAUCAACAAGUUCCGAACAAAGUCCCCUUCCUCUGCUUCUGGUAGCAGUGGUAGUGCAGUCACGGCCGAGACAAGUGUGGCUCCUCCUUCCUCUUCAACUAGUACAACUACUACCAAAGCGCAGCCGCUCCCUGUAGUGUCUCUGUCGACCACGUCCUCGACAUCAUCCAACGCCUCGUCGCUUGCCGCCCUUCCAUCCAUUCCGUCGUCAUCACACGCGCCUCUGCGGGCGUCUGUUUCUGCGAGUGCGCUUUCAGUCCUUGCCUCAAAAUCGGACGACCUGCCGCAGUCCCUGUCCUUGACCCAUAUUCAACAACAACAACAACAGCAGCAGCAGCAGCAACAACAACAACAACAACAAGAGCCACAGCAGGACAGCAGCCCAGCCUCGACUUCCUCCACAGCUGCUGCGGCGCUGGAUGAAGAAAAGGCCGCGGCCACUGCGGAGGAACUGGGCGCAGACGCUGGGGCGGCGGCCACCUCCACGCAAGUUUCGGCGUCCAGCUCGACCGCGUCGACUGCAGCCGCGGCACCUUCCUCCGCCAACAACCCAGCGCAUGCCCCACCCAGACGCUCGCGCUCAAUCACUGCCCAAGAUGCGUCCGAUUUUGACGCGCUGACGCUCGGCAACCAGUCGAAAACUUCUCGACUUUUGAGUGCAAUGCGCGCAGCCUCUCACCAAACCUACAUGGAGUUCCAGGACGUCGACCGACUCCCCUGGGUGCCUGAACGAGCCAUGUUCCUCUGGAAGAAUAUGCUUGGCAUUCUCGGCAACAUCAACAACAUUCCCAACCCUGCAAUUCACUGCACGGCCAUUCAAGGCACGCUUCUUGUGCUCGACUUGCUUGUGGCGACGCGCGACAACCAGGGUAUCUCCAUGGACAACCAGUCGACCCCGCCGGUGCCCCUGGAGCUCCCACCCUUGUUCAUGUUCGUCGGCUGGCUCUGCCAGGCCGCUGCCAUGCCGGAUCACUUUCGCGCGGGCCGCUCGCUCGCCACUGGCGCGCUGUGUCGCCUGAUGACUCGGCGGCUCGAUCGCCCGGUGACGCUCGACUAUCUUGCCCACUACUACCGUCUUUUGCACAGCGGCUUGCGGGGCAACGACCUCGAUGUGCAGCAUGCCAUCAUUAGCAACUCGACGCGCAUCUUCACAUUGGGCUUGCCCGGGUCGACCAUGGUGCUCGUCGACUUUUUGACGGCAAUUGAAAGCGUUCUGUUGACCAACCGCGCCGAGUCCUUUGCACUUCGAACCGACGCCCUGAAAAUUCUGUUCUCGCUCACGUGUCUUCCCAACCUGUACAAGCCGGAUGACAAGGUGCCCGACCUGCAACGCAUGGUCAAGUCCCAUCCAACCUACGCUGCUGCUGCUCCUGGCCACCUGGACACCCAGACCCAGCCAGAGGUCUCUCGACAGGACCAAGAGCGCGACAGUGAGAUCAGCAUGCAGCAGGUGAAGGAUCGGGUCAUGAUGCUGCUCAUCCGCGUCUCCCGCGAAGAGCCACACACGCCCACGCGCUGCCAUGCCAUUUGUGCGCUUGCCACGUUUGUGUUUGACGAGCUGGCCAACAAAACCAACAACCCGCGGCUGUCCGAGUGCUUCGACGUUCUCUUGGCGUUGCUCCGGUGCGACGAGCCGCAGGUUGCGCAAAUGGCAGUCAAGAUGCUCUCAAUGCUGUCCAUGCAGUUUGCAUCACUCUCGCAGAUGGGAGGUCAGCUUGUCGACAAGGUGUAUGCCACCAUUUCGGCCACCAUUCGAAACUUGCUCGAGAACGAGCUGCCCACCUCGCCCAUGGGCGCCACGGCUGCCACAGCCCAUGCCGAGGAGCUAACGGUCGCACUCAUGUUCUGCCUGUUGGAUUGGCUGAUGAGCAGCCCGUCCGACGUGCUCAACAACACACCCAUCGCUCAAACCGUAUUUGAUGUGAUUGACCUGGCCAUCAAUCCAUUCCACUCUUGGACGGCCAACCCGCACUACCUGGUUCCAUCCACCACGGGAUCGACGUCGUCGACCGCAUCCACUCGUGACCGCAAUCCUGCCAAUGCCACGCAUGCUGCGACAGUCGGGUCCGCCCACGGGCAGCAAAUUCUGCAACAGCAGCAAGGACAGUCGCAGCAGCAUUCGCACGCCGCAUUGCGGCAAGCCAAUUCAAUGAACGAGGGUCGCGUGCCCCCUUCGCUUGAUGGGCUUUACACACCAAACUCCCACGCAGCAGCCAGUGCAAACGAUCGUCGUUCUGGCUCUGUGUACAGUCGACCGACCAGUCUUGCUUUGACACAUGCCACGGUUGCUGGCAACCCACCACCCACACAACAGCAGCAACAACAGCAGCAACAGCAACAACAACAGCAACAGCUGCAGCAACAACAACAACAACAGCAACAGCAGGCUCUGCAACCACCUCGCUCUGAAGGCCCUUCUGGCUCCAUGCCCAACGACGACACGCUCAGCGUUGCGUCUGGCACUUCCGUCACUACGGCUGCCUCGGGACCCAUUUCAUCACCUUCGUCGCACAGAUCGGGUCUGCGGGGCAUGCUGGAUGCCGUACAGCGAGGGGUGGACGCGUUUGAGGGAGCACACACGCACAUCAAGCAUGCCAUCCGCAAACGAGAUGGACCUGCCGGUUCAUCGGCUCAGUUUGCGCCUGCAUCUGGUGUCGCUGGCAACGCGACACCUCCAACGUUUGGAGCCGCGGCUGCAGCGGCGGACGGGGCCGGCGGGCCUGGAGAAGCACCGCAUGCGACCACUGCUCAUGCUGCUGCGGGGGGCACCAUUACCAGUCCCCCUGCGCCGUCAGCUUCCGGAGCCACUGGCUUUUCCAUCCACGACGUGCGAACGCCGCGACCAGUGGUGGCGAUGGCUGCCAAGAACAUGCUCUUCCAUCUGCUCAACCAUCUGAACAAUUUUCCCUCUGCCGCCGGCGUCGCCUGCUUGACCAGCCGCGUCACAGAGUAUGACGAGGUGACGAGUUCUAACGAGCUGACCUCGGAAUUGUUCGAUGCCCCAGGCGUCCAGUUCUUUGUGCUCAACAGCUCGACGCUCAUCUCGCUGAUUGAGCUUCCGAGCAAGGUGCUGGGCGAGCCCCCUCGCGCGCGAGUCCUGCUUCGUGACAUGACUGGCAAGUAUGCUUGGGAUGCUACGUUGCUCUAUCAAACGCAAAUGCAACGAUCUCGACAAGGCACCCUCUACCCUGGCCUUGCUGCCGAGUUUGAUCUCGAGCACCAGGUUGUCGAGGACUCGUCGCGGCGCGCGAUUGUCUUCCCCGACACUGGGUAUGUCCGCCGGCUCAAGACUGUCCCGCGCUGGUCGAGCGGCGAGAGCGUUGUCGCGCGCUUUUUGCCAUCUGCCUUGUCUCUAAACGAGUCAUCCGCGCGUGCCAGCGUGGUGUCGGAGACGUCGUUCGACUCGAGCGAGCCCUCGCCGACUGGGCGGUCUGGCACUGCUGGCCAGUCAAAUGGCGUUCCGAACGGCAACGCGCCGCCCGCCUCGGCGCAAGGCUCUGGGUUUAUUGGCAUUGGGCCAAGCCCCGAAUUUGUCGCGUGGUCGGAGCGCGCAACCAUGCGCCGUCCCUCCACCGUUCUGCAAGCCAGUCCCGCCGCCCUUCAAACCACCACCAAGAGCACCUUUGGCGUUGACAUGCUCGACGAAGCGCUCAAGUAUCUCGGCGAAACCAGCUCCGAGUGCCUGCACUUUGCCCACGUUCCGCUGAAUGUGCCCUAUCCCACUCCUGAAAGCAUGCAAGCGCAGGAGGAUGCCUUCCUCGCUGCCCUGCAUCUCCAGCAUUCCUCGGAAGAAGAGUAUUUGGCCCAACGCGCCUCCAAUCCGCGGCCCAACAUGACUCCUCAACCGGUGCAACCCAAAAUACCCGCGGAACCCAUUUCUCCGUUCCACCACUGUCGCUUGCUGCUCUCGCAUCUCGGCUUGCUCACAUUCGAAAAUCGCCGACACUUCCAUCUUUUGCGCAAGAAUGAUGCCCUUCUCCGGCUUUUGAAGGCGCUUGAUACCUCGGGCAGUCGAGACUACCACAAGAUUGGCAUCUUGUAUGUGGCGCCCGGCCAGGAAGAUGAACACUCAAUUUAUGCCAAUGUGAAAGGCAGCAAACUCUAUGAGGACUUUUUGGCUGGCCUGGGCUGGGAGGUCAACUUGGCGACGCAUCGCGGCUUCUUUGGCGGCUUGGAUCCAAACCUGUCCACGGGGCGCUCAACGCCAUUCUACGGCACGUCGACGAUGGAAGUCAUUUUCCACGUCGCGACGCGAAUGAUCCCCGUGAAUGGCGACACCGACAUGAAGAUUAUCAAAAAGCGGCACAUUGCCAACGAUCGCGUGCGAAUUAUUUGGUGCGAGCACUACCGUGAUUUCCGGCCCGAGAUUCUCCGUACCAAAUUCGACGAGGCGACCAUCGUCAUCUACCCUCUGCCCAAUGGCUUGUACCGUAUUUCCAUUCUUCGCAAGCCCGAGAUUCCGCUGUUUGGACCGCUGUUCGAUGGCGCGGUUGUCGACAAGAAAGUUCUCGCUCCCCUUGUGCGCGAAACGGCCAUCAAUGCCAACCGUGUCAUUGUGUCGCAAGUUGAUGGCUUUAUGCGCUUCUACGCGCAACGUGCCAUGUACCUCGAGCAAGUUGUGACGGGCCACACGCUAGAGUCGACCUACGAACAGUUCCUUGCCUCGCUUCUGGCAACACAGCCCAAGGCGCUUCGUCCUGUCCAGCCAGCUCCGAUCGGACAGCGCCAGCUUGGGUCACACUCCGACCAGCCGCGCCGACCACGAGCAUCGACGCUGACCAAGCAAGAUGCGAUUACACCUGCGCAAUACAUCAAUCAGGAUCGUCGCGCUUCUGUCCAGCACACACUGCUUCCCUCUGGGGAGCUCGUGCCAGUGCAGACGCUGGCGCGCCCACCCGUGCCUGCGCUCUCUGCUUCUGCCACCUCUCUUCUCAGCUCCACUCGGUGCUAA